AUGACUGCUGAUAAGCCCGCGCCCAGUCCUACGGGUGUUGGUGCUGGAUCCCGAACCCACAAGUCCUGCGAUGCUUGCAAGUCACGCAAGGUCCGCUGUCCUAGUAACGGCCCGCCCGGACCUUGCGCGAAUUGUAUCGUGAGUAAACCCGAAUGGAUUCUCUGCCCUGACAAAGACGUGCCCGUUUACUCACAAACUUUGAACCUGGAAGCGUCGAAAAGAAGAGUGUCGCUUCAGUGUAAAGAGGCUAGCCCACAGGCGCAACGCACGACAACUCCGGUCGAUUUCUUCGCCGGACAGCUUCUGCCAACAAAUUAUUCGCCAUCGAGUAAUCGACCACCCAGUCUCCCAGACGCCAAAGCCGUGCUAGACUUGUCGACAUCAGAUGGAGAGGCCAAGCCACUCGUCCUCCCUGAUCGCACGUCGCCAAAGUCUCCUCCCCACCGCAUCCAAGAACUCCACGUCGAUUGCGUCCUAGCACGAGCACAGAGGCCAAAGACCUCUACUGGAAGAGGCCAGGAGGAAACCAUGUUUGUACCACGCAAUGGCAUAUUUGGUAUUGAAGCGCCACAUGCCCUCAGUGGCCUACACGUACUAACAGAUCAAGGGGGCCGGAACAGCCUCACGUUCUUCUCCGACAACAGGCUACUCUCCCUGUCGACGCGCCUCCAGAAUCAGAAGGUGAACGAGCUCGUUGGUCGAAUUUCUGUCAUUGUCAAUGGACGUCUUCGUCGCACCGACUCGGCAGCGACGAAUCCCCGGAAAACGCAACCUCCCGAUAUGGGGACCGACAGAGCGCGUGCCGCCUUGUACAUCCGCCUCUACUUUGAGCGAGUGCAUCCCAUGUUCCCGUUCCUUGACCGGACGACUUUCGAGACUACAGUGUCAAGUCCCAACUUCCCCAAUCUCCUCGAACGCAGCAAGCCAUGGUGUUGUCUCUACCACAGCGUCCUUGCUCUAGGGUCCCAGUAUGCUGAUGGGGGGACAUUCGAGCCUGGUAAGGGCGAGUCGUGGCGGCUGUUCUCUAUCAGCUUGAGCGGCUUCUCGGAGCUCCUGCUGCUUCCUGAUUCUCUCACCACCUUGCAAGCAUUGACGGCCAUGUCUGUCUAUGGCUUAGGGAUCUCGGGCUUGGCUGUUAAGCCUGUCAUCAUGUCAGAGGCGGCAAGACGGGCUCAGAUGAUGUCCAGUCAUAGCUUUACUGGUCCAACGGCUCACGCUUACCAGAAGUCUUUCUGGAUUCUAUAUGCGGUUGAGAAAAUCACCAGCUUCCACUUUGGGAGAAGUUCCGUAAGUGCUUGGAAUUUCCCUCUCUUUACCACGAUAGCGUCAUACUAUGAUGGAUGCACACUUCUUGUUUACUUGCUCUGCACUGCUGACAACGACAAGGGAUUCGUCGAUAGCGACAUAUUCUUGCGUUUCGCUCGCCUCCUUUCUCGAGCAUAUACAUCACUCUUCUCGGUCGGCGUGUCGGGCAACUCCGACUCGUACUAUCUCGACGUGAUUGACCAAUUAAACGGUGAACUCGAAGAAUGGAGAGCAUCUCUGCCAGACAAUGGCUUCCGCCCGGGUGGAAUUCUACGCCCUCAAACCGUAUCCGGUCCUAAUGCGAGAUCACUCGCUCUCAUUCUUCAUUAUCUUUACUACAGCAUGUUACUGACUCUUGCGAGAACUACGCUGUGCUAUUUGCCUGUCCCUGAGACGCCGGCGGUGAAAGCGACAAAGGACGACAAGAUGAAGACCAUUUUGAAUGCAUCGAGGGCAAUUUUGGAGUUGACUACGAUGAUUGAAGUUGAGCCAUACACGGUCACAUGGGUCCUUGCGGGAAUCCCUAUUACCGCACUUUUUGUCUUAUUUGACCUUGUGAUUCAUGAUCCUCGGCAGCCAGAUACAGGCACCAAUCUGGCUCUGCUCGACAUGGUUGCUGGUCACUUCAGUCGGAUAGAGUAUGCCAGCGGCGGCACCGUGCCCGGUUCUUUGAUAGCCGAGUUCGCCAAGAUUGCGCGAGACUACGUGAACGAGAUUCAGCAUGCCGAGGCUGGUUUGAUGAAUCCCGCGAGACCACAUGCACCCACAAAUCCUUCCACGAUGCAAAUGGUACAGCAAUCGUCAGAGCUUGAUGCCAGAAACAAUAAACAAGUGGAUAGGCCAACUCAGAUGACUUUGGAUCUAUCUGAUACUCUGCCGAGGGAGGCCAUGAUGUCUGGUCCGAUGCAGCAACCAGGAUACACCGACUUUGCGUUCGACAGCGGGAUGGGCCAGGUAUCUCCUAGUGCGCUCAUGGGAACCGACGUGAUGGGAAUCUUUAAUUAUUUCCUGCCCGAUCUGGACCCGAUGUUUUACCAGGGUAUGACGCAGGAGUACGAUCUGCUACCACAGCAGCAUGGAGGGACCGUUCAGAGCAUGGACAAGCAUAAUGACGAAAUGCUUAUGAAGAACAAAAUCGAACGUUCGCUGGAGCAACCCUCCAGGAUGAAAAAGCAGAUCUUGAUGGCAUCCGAAAGCCCAGCUUCACAGGCGAGUACUCCGGUAGGCGACAAACCACGCAACGUCUUGGCCUGCGUCUUUUGUCACCAACGCAAAAUCAAGUGUGACCGAAAGUCCCCCUGCGCCAACUGCAUAAAGGUUGCCGAUGGGCCCGAGGUCUACGCACCCACACCGUGGCGCAACGCAUACUCACCGAUAAGACGCGUGGUGAAGGACCUGUUGGAGAGAUUGAAUCAGUGUGAGAGUCUUCUGAGCCAGGUGGCUCCGCGCGAUGCCGAUGGCCGCCCCGUAAAUCCCGACACGCCGGGUUCCUCACGCGAUGUGGCGGACAGCCCGGCAAUGUCCCACAUAAGCUACGAAGAAGCCCGGAAACAACCCAGUUCGAGACCGAAUGGCAAGAUUGUCUGCGAUGAAGGUCGACCAACAUUUAUGGAAAAUCCGUUUCGCGGCAAUGUUCUUGACCACCUCCAAUUCUCCAAGCUCAGUCUCGAAGACAAUGACACCGAGCAAUCAACGAACCCGUCUGGUUCUACUAGCGUCUCAGAACGCGGCGACUCAACUCACCAAAAGUCUAUGGACUUUGACAUAUUAGCUCUGGGACCAGUCGAAGUUCUGCGCCUGUGGCAGGUAUUCCUGGAACGAGUCAACCCUAUGAUCAAGGUCAUUCACGUCCCUAGCCUGGAACCUCUAGUCUUUGAAGCAGCAACAGACCGCUUCAACCUGAGCCCCGACCUCGAGGCCCUGCUCUGCUCCAUCAACGUUGUUGCAAUCAUGGCCUUGUCGGAAGCGGAAUCAAUCCAGAUGCUCAAACUCGAAAAGGCAAGAGCAUUACGAAAUUCAAUGUCUGCACUGAAAAAAGCCAUGUCCAAAGUGGACUUUUUACGAAAGUACAAUAUGACCACUUUGCAGUGCUUAGUGCUAUACCUGGUUUCUCUUCAGGGGCAAUUCGAUCGCCACGCCGCAUGGGUGUUGACCGGCAUGCUAGUCAGGAUAGCUCAAAGGAUGGGUCUCCAUCGCGACGGAGAACUCAUAGGUCUUCAACCAUUCGAGACCGAGAUGCGCCGCCGAAUCUGGUGGCAAAUCAUCAUGCUAGAAACAAAAUACGCCGUCCUCGCAGGCUUCGGCGACACGCUCCUCCCGCCUAAUUGGGACACAAAACUCCCAUCGAACGUCAACGAUGCCGACUUACUGCCCGGCUCAACAGAGCCGGUCAAGUCUCGCGAUGGAGCAACCGAGAUGGCAUUCUGCCUCAUGCUCUACGAAUCACGCGCCUUCUUCUGCGACAAUCCGAUGCCGGAGUUCGAAUCAGUCAUCCUCAGCGGGGACAAAAUCAGCCCGGAGAACUCGAGGAAAUUCUCCGGUCAACCACAUGUCCUCGACAGGUAUCGACUCGCGUUAGACCAGUACGAUGAGAGACUCGCUGUGGCCGAACGACGGUUCUGCAACCCGACGGCAGGCGGCAUACAUCUCGUUGCGAGUAAGAUCCGGUCUUUCACGGCGCAGAGGAUGCGCGACAUGAUUAUGCACGCGCGAGAGCCAUGGGACGAGAACAAAGACGGCGGAGCGAGCCAGCAAUCCUUCUUCAGAGCAUGGGUCAUUUCCUUCGAGAGCGACGUUAGCUGGUACGACACGAUCGACGACAAGUUCACCUGGUACCUAAAACUCCAUUUUCAAUCUGACGCUUUCUCCGUCAUGAUUGAGCUCCUACAGUGGCAGCCCGUCGGAACACUGGUUGACAGGGCAUGGAAGGCCAUCGACCGACUCUAUCACCACCACCCGGAGAUGUACGACUUGACUAGGAAGGACAACUUUCUGCGCGCGGAAAACUUGCUUGCAGGGUGGGCACGACGGGAGCUUGCGUUCCGAAAUCUAGGCAUGUCGUGUGACACGCCGCUCGUUGUGGCACGGUUCCGGAGCAGCGAAGUUUUCAAGCAGAGACAGCCCGACGGUUUGCCAGUUGAGCAGUGGCCGGCACCGACGCCGGACACCGCGCUGUUCUCUGACAUGAGUCCAUCCGACUUUGAGACGUUUGAUGGCGGGAUGCCUGGAGAUACUCAUGGUCUUAACUUCAGUCUUUGGGGUGGUGGUGGGCCGGGGCAACAUGCUCUAUGA